AUGCUCAGAGAGGCAGGAAACGGGGCCAGCCAGGGGGACUCGAGAGCGGCUGCACUUUCCUGUACCCCGCCGAGGAGAGCGGAGGAGCAGCGGCCCGUGGCCUGGCGAGUUUCCCCGGAGAGGAGCCGGAUUCCGGUGCAGGGACGGAGCGAGGAGUCCGAGCAGAGUGAUGUGAAAAUGGAGGAACAGGGACGAAAGAGGAAAAGACUAGAGUCCAAAGGAAAAGAAUCUGCUGCGGACCAACUUGGGACCAUCAGGUAUAUUCUACCUCAGGAAGAUUUACGUCAAAUUAAGCAGGAGCCAGAGGAGCGGCGGCCGCAGCAGCACUGGGAUGCCCAGUGGCAGGAUUUCCUGAAGACGAUGCAGCCCCCUCGUUCACGGUGGGAAACCCCACAGGCUCCCAGUCCUCCCCUCUCCGGAGAUGGUGUCCUCCCAGCCUCCUUCAGGGGAGCUGCGGAUGCCAGUCGGUGGCCCAGUGGGAGAGCAGGGGGGACAGACCAGACCCUGCCAGACCUAAGUGGGGAGGCACACGAGGAAGGAGGGGAGCAGAUUUCCUCUGUGAAAGUGAAGAAGGAGAUCCUGGACGAGGAGGAAGAAGACGCCAACAUGAGGUCGGAGAUGGAGCAGCAGAGCUUCCGGCGGUUCUCCUACGAGGACGACGAGGGGCCCCGAGAGGCCUGGCUUCGGCUCCAGGAACUUUGCUCCCGGUGGCUGAAGCCAGAGAGGCGCACCAAGGAAGAGAUGGUGGAGCUGCUGGUCCUGGAGCAGUUCCUGACCAUCCUGCCUGCGGAAAUGCAGAGCUGGGUCAAGGGAUGCAGGCUAGAGACCUGCGCCCAGGCGGCGGCCCUCACUGAGGACUUCCUGCUGCAGCUGCAAGACACCGAGGGGCUUCCGGGAAAGGGAAGUGCCCUCCUCUCACCUGGGUCUCCAGCAUCUCAUGGUCUCAGGUCCAGUUCCUCUAGACAUGGAGGUUCUGUUUAGUUAUGGUGGUGAAUAUUCCUCCUCCAUGCAUUUUCUCUCUCAUCCACUUUAAAAUGGCUUGUUAGAGCAAACUUUACUAUACAUGGGAGGUUGGCAAUUAUAUCAGAGCAGGACCUACGUCGGAAGAGUUGUCCCUCCACCAACCCCCGUUUUCCUUGUCUAAAUUUCCUGUUUUCCUCGUCUAAAUUGCCUCCAUUUCCAAAAUGCUGUUUGCUCCUGUGGCGAUCACACAGGGUCCCCGGACCUUUCACUGUCUAUUGAUCCCUGUGCCACCAAUUUAUUUCUCGCUGUCACCACCCAUGCCCUACCUGGGACAAUGCGGAGUCCAGUCAGGGUUAAAUUGAAACAUAAACUUCUGUUUAUUUAUUGCA